CAUCUACAGUCCACGUUCCAGCUGUGUGAUCUUCUCCUCACAUCACAGUCAGUCUGCAGAUCUUGUUCUGCUUCAGUCAGUUCAGUGGUGCUGUUUAAAUGGACUUACACACGUUCUGAAAGAUCAACCAGCCAAGCCGAGCAGAAAGAAGGACGAUGGGUUUCGAGGACGAUCUGUGGUGCCACCAGGGCCACGGCGCCCUGCUGAAGCUGCAGGACUCUGAGCUGCGCCUCAUGGAGGUGAUGAAGAAGUGGAUGACGCAGAGAGCCAAGAGUGACCGCGAAUUCUCCACCCAGCUGCAUCAGAUGGCUGCGAUGGUGGAGAAACUGGAAGGGCCUCAGGCUGGAGGGGGUCUGGAUUACAUCAGCCAGCUCCAUAAGUCGUGGAACGUGAUGGUAAGCGAGACGGAAAACCUGAGCCGAAUUUUCCGCAAACACUCCGAGGAUCUGCUGGUGGGUCCGCUGAGCAAACUGACGCUUCUGAUCAGAGACAAGCAGCAGCUCAGGAAGACCUACAGCGAGCAGUGGAGCAGCCUGAACCAGGAGCUCUGCAGGGUCACUCAGACCGAGCUGGACCGACUGAAGUCCAGUUACAAGCAGCUGGUGCGGGAUGCAGUGCAGACCAAGAGGAAGUAUCAGGAGGCAAGCAAAGACAAAGAGCGCGAGAGAGCCAAGGAGCGUUACAUCAAAGCCACGCUGAAGCUCCAUGAGCAUCACAACGACUACGUGCUGGCGGUGAAAGCAGCUCAGGUGCACCAUCAGCAGCACUUUGGCUGCAGCCAGCCUGCAUUGCUGCGAGCCCUGCAGACGCUGCAGGAGGAGAUGGUGCUCAUACUAAAGGAAAUCCUGCAGGAGUAUUUCGACCUGUCCAGUCUGCUCCAGGAUGAAGUCGUGUGUGUUCAUAAUGAGAUGGCCAAGGCCCUGAAAGCCAUCGAGCCCCGGCGCGAGUAUGAGAGCUUCAUACAGCAGAACAGAUCCAGAGCGGAGCUGCCGGCGCGUGUGGAGUUUGAUAGCAGUCUGCUGGAAGAUGCUGAGUGUCUUAAACCGGAGGAGCUGGAGCUUAAUGAGCUCACACUGGAAGGAAUACAGCACAAGCUCACUGCCAUAGAAGAGGAGCUGCUCAAUCUGGCAGCAGCGCUGGGAACUCAGCAGGCCACCGUUAACCAGCUGGAACUGGACCUGGAUGCUGAGGAUGAAUCAGGCAACACUGGGCAGAGGGUGUACCAGUUCAGCAAACGCAACGCUUUGGAGGACAGCAGGCAUCAGGUGGUGAUAUCAAUGGUGGCACGUGCCCGUCUCGAAGCCCAGCGCAAGCUGCUGGCCGAUAAACUGCAAAGUCUCGGCCAACGCGACGCACCGUCGCUGGACCUGGAUGACGACCGGAUUUCUCUCAACUCCAGUAACUCCAGCGAGCGAGAUAAAGACUUUAAACUGGUCAGCAUGGACACCAUCAUCAACCACCUAAGUUCUCUGUUUAAACCCAAAUACACUAGUAGUGUGUUUUACACUGUUUCCCAGGUACCACCGGCUCUGUCUCCGGUGGCCGAGUCGGAGAAGCCUCUGAGUCAGCAGGGUUGGUACCACGGUGCCAUUCCACGCGUCGAAGUCCAAGAGCUGCUGAAGAGUGACGGAGACUUCCUGGUCAGACAGAGCCAGGGCAAACAGGAGUACGUGCUGUCUGUGCACUGGGGUGGUCAGUGUCGCCACUUCCUCAUUCAGAAUACAGAGGGCAUGUAUCGUCUGGAUGGUGAAGGUUUUCAAACAAUCCCGUUGCUUAUGAACCACCUGCUGUGGUCCCACAGAAAUGUCACCAAGAAAUCAGAUAUUGUACUGAAAAGACCGAUACUUAAGGAUAAAUGGGUUAUAGAGCACGACGACGUCAUCCUCGGAGAAAGCAUUGGGAAGGGGAAUUUUGGUGAGGUGUUCAGUGGUCGCCUGCGUACAGAUAACACACCGGUGGCGGUGAAGGCCUGUCGAGAAAACCUGCCUGCAGAACAGAAAAAUAAAUUUCUUAUGGAAGCUAGGAUCCUGAAGCAGUACAGCCAUCCAAACAUCGUGAAGCUCAUCGGCGUCUGCACGCAGAAGCAGCCCAUCUACAUCAUCAUGGAGCUGGUGCAAGGGGGAGACUUCCUGUCCUUCCUCCGUUCAGAGGGACACAACCUGAAGCCAAAGAUGCUAAUUAAGAUGGCAGAGAAUGUGGCGGCUGGCAUGGAGUACCUGGAGAGCAAGAAGUGCAUCCACAGGGACCUGGCAGCGAGGAACUGUUUGGUGGGUGAGAAGAGUGUACUAAAGAUCAGUGAUUUUGGAAUGUCUCGUGAGGAGGAGGAUGGGGUUUAUUCAGCAACAGGAAGUGUGAGACAAGUCCCUGUCAAAUGGACCGCGCCGGAGGCCCUCAAUUAUGGGCGCUACUCCACUGAGAGUGACGUGUGGAGCUAUGGAGUGCUGUUGUGGGAGACCUUGUCCAGAGGAAUGACGCCGUUCCCCUGCAUGAACAAUCAGCAAGCCAGAGAAGAGACAGAAAAAGGAUAUCGAAUGCCAGCUCCCACAGGCUGUCCAGCCGAGAUCUAUGCCCUUAUGUGUCGCUGCUGGCAGAAGGAGCCCAGAAAUCGUCCUUCCUUUAUAAAACUCAGAGAGGAGCUGCAGUCCAUGUGUUAAUCUCACAGGCCGGACAUUAAGCAGCUGUGUAGAAUUCAACUGUGAAUUUACAAAGUAUAUUGUGUAAAUGAACAGAGGUUUUAAUACGCUUGUAUUUUUAUAAAUAUAUACAGUAUAUUGCUUCCUAAACAUGUUUUGUACCUUGUUAAUGUAAAUUAAAGUGUGUUAAUUUGUUUUCAACUUAAUAA